UCCCCCGGCCUGCGCGGCACCGGCCGCUCCUCCGCCGCUUCCCCGCGCUGCUCGGGGCCCGCGGCCCUUCCCGGCGGUGCGGCCUGGGGCGGGGGCGGCGACCCGGGCAUCCCGCAGGAAACCCUCCUUACAUGAGUGUUGGUGAAAAUGGGGGAUACACGGGACAUCUGUCCUCACCUGGAUUCCAUAGGAGAAGUGACCAGGGAUGAUCUGCUGCUCAAAUCCAAGGGAACUUGCCAGUCUUGUGGAGCUGUGGGACCAAACCUCUGGGCUUGUCUUCAGAUUGGUUGUCCUUAUGUUGGUUGUGGGGAGUCCUUUGCUGACCACAGCACACUUCAUGCACAGGCCAAGAAGCACAACCUGACAGUGAACCUGACGACGUUCCGUGUGUGGUGCUAUGCCUGUGAGAAGGAGGUGUUCCUGGAGCAGCGCCUGGCCGCGCACCCGCCCGCGCCCCCCGCCAGCUUCCCUGAGCCGGAUUCUCCUUUGCCUGCUCACCCUCUGAAAGCUGUUCCGAUUGCAGUGGCUGAUGAAGGCGAAUCUGAAUCAGAGGAUGAUGAUCUGAAACCAAGAGGCCUUACUGGAAUGAAAAAUCUUGGGAACUCCUGCUACAUGAAUGCAGCACUUCAGGCUCUCUCAAACUGCCCACCUCUCACACAGUUUUUCCUGGAAUGUGGUGGUCUGGUCCGUACGGAUAAGAAACCUGCCCUGUGCAAGAGUUACCAGAAGUUGGUGUCUGAGGUUUGGCACAAGAAACGCCCGAGUUAUGUUGUUCCAAGCAGUCUAUCCCAUGGAAUCAAGCUUGUCAAUCCCAUGUUCCGGGGCUAUGCACAGCAGGACACCCAGGAGUUCCUGCGCUGCCUGAUGGAUCAGCUCCAUGAGGAACUGAAGGAACCAGUUGUUGCAGAGACGAGGGAUUUGGACACCAGUGACCAGGAGGACAAGCGGGAGGGCGACCGAAGCCCUUCGGAGGACGAGUUCCUCUCCUGUGACUCCAGCAGUGACAGGGGCGAAGGAGAGAGCCAGAGCCGGACCUCAGGGAGCAUGGGCAGCAGCUCCCUGGCAGAGACAGAGCUGCUGAUCCAGGAUGAAGCAGGGAGAGGGAUCUCAGAGAAGGAGAGGAUGAAGGACAGAAAGUUCUCCUGCGGCCAUCGGCGCAGCAACUCGGAGCAGGUGGAUGAGGAUGCAGAUGUCGAUACCACAAUGAUGCCAGUCGAUGGCAGAGCCUCACCUGAGAUGCUGCCAGCUCCCUGUCCUGCCAGCCCAUGUAGAACACCAGAACCUGACAAUGAUGCCUAUGUGCGCUGCUCCUCGCGCCCUUGCAGCCCAGUCCACCAUGAAAUGCACUCCAAGCUCUCCAGCAGCCCUCCCCGCUCCAGUCCUGCCAGGCUUGGACCUUCCUACAUACUCAAGAAAGCCCAGAUGCAGGCUUCUGGGAAGAAGAAGAAGGAGCUCCGUUACCGCAGUGUGAUUUCCGACAUCUUCGACGGCUCCAUCCUCAGCCUGGUGCAGUGCCUCACCUGUGACAGAGUUUCUACAACAGUGGAGACAUUCCAGGACCUGUCACUCCCAAUCCCAGGGAAAGAGGACUUGGCCAAGCUGCACUCUGCCAUCUACCAAAACGUGCCAGCCAAGACAGGGGCAUGUGGGGACAACUAUGCCUCCCAAGGCUGGAUUGCUUUCAUCAUGGAGUAUAUCCGGAGAUUUGUGGUGUCCUGUAUCCCUAGCUGGUUUUGGGGUCCUGUGGUGACACUGGAGGAUUGCCUUGCUGCCUUUUUUGCAGCAGAUGAAUUGAAGGGGGACAACAUGUACAGCUGUGAGCGCUGUAAGAAGCUACGGAAUGGAGUAAAGUACUGCAAAGUCCUCCGGCUCCCAGAGAUCCUUUGCAUCCACCUGAAGCGGUUCCGGCACGAGGUGAUGUAUUCCUUCAAGAUCAACAGCCACGUCUCCUUCCCCUUGGAGGGGCUGGAUCUGAGACCUUUCCUGGCCAAGGAGUGUGUGUCCCAGAUCACCACCUACGACCUCCUGUCAGUCAUCUGUCACCAUGGCACUGCUGGCAGUGGCCACUACAUUGCCUACUGCCAGAACGUGAUCAAUGGCCAGUGGUACGAGUUCGAUGACCAGUACGUCACCGAGGUCCACGAGACCGUGGUGCAGAAUGCAGAAGCCUAUGUGCUGUUCUACAGGAAGAGCAGUGAGGAGGCUGUGCGAGAGCGGCAGAAGGUCGUGUCCCUGGCCAGCAUGAAGGAGCACAGUUUGCUCCAGUUCUACAUCUCUCGAGAGUGGCUCAAUAAAUUCAACACCUUUGCUGAGCCUGGGCCCAUCACCAACCACACCUUUCUGUGCUCCCAUGGAGGGAUCCCUCCUAAUAAAUACCAUUACAUUGAUGACCUGGUUGUGAUUCUGCCCCAAAACGUGUGGGAAUAUCUCUACAACAGGUUUGGGGGUGGCCCUGCUGUGAACCAUCUGUACGUGUGCUCCAUCUGCCAAGUGGAGAUCGAAGCGCUGGCCAAGCGCAGGAGGAUCGAAAUCGACACCUUCAUCAAGCUGAACAAGGCUUUCCAGGCAGAGGAGUCUCCAAGUGUCAUCUACUGUAUCAGCAUGCAGUGGUUCCGGGAGUGGGAGGCCUUUGUCAAGGGCAAGGAUAACGAACCCCCUGGACCAAUUGACAACACCAAGAUUGCCCUCACGAAACCAGGAGGCCACGUGCAAGUCAAGCAGGGUGCUGACUACGGGCAGAUCUCUGAGGAGACCUGGGUGUAUUUAAGCACCCUGUAUGGAGGGGGCCCUGAGAUUGCCAUCAGACAGAACGUGGCCCAGGUGCAGGAGCUGGAAAACCUGCAUGGGGAGCAGAAGAUUGAAGCAGAGACACGUGCAGUGUGAUCUGUGCAGCUGGGGCAGGGCAGGGACAGCACAGGUGUUAAGAAAGGGCAUUAGAGACUUUUGCUGGGGAUGAUGAAAUUUCAUGGGAAGUACAGUCCACGCUGCUGGGCAAGAUUAGUAAAUCCAAGCAGAGUUUUUAUAAACCAGUCACAUAUUUAGUUCUUCAGCAUUUGCUAAAGGUAAAUUCUACAAAAAUUAUUCAUUACCCUGAAUAAUGGCAGCAGAAUAAACGUGUGCAGACUAUGAGAUAUGACUGUCACUAUUUCUUGAAUAAGUUUUAUGAUCCAGGCUUUUUGGGAACUACUUGCCAAGUUUAUAAAAACUCCAUACAUGGUCUUU